AAAUUCUCCCACGUUUUCGCCCCCCCGAUUCACCGCAUGCGUCUAGUUAUUGAUAUCGACCCUCUCUGAUUUUGCGUAGGAAUUGGGGCAAAAUUCGCGUUAUUGGAGAGAAAAUCCAAUGUUGGAAAGUGUUCCGAGUUAAAAAUGGCUGGUUUCGGGAGUGUUUAUAUUCUAAUUUUUGUUAUUUGUACUUCCUUAUCAAGCCUAGUCGAUUCCAUAGAGCUGACAAACAAAGCAACCACCAGACCGCGAUUAAAAACCACCCCAAUCCCACCAGACGGAAUACCAUUACCAUCGCUAUCCACUACCAAAAAUCCGAAAGAAGAUAGCGGUAUCGCUAUCUACCGUCUGAUUAACAGAGACACCGAUACCACAUGUAUUCUACUAAGAACUGAUGCUGUUGUUGAAGUCAAAUUCAAAUUGCACGGAAUCGAUGUGCAAGCGGACUCGUUCAUACCGGAAAACGCCAUGGUGGUUGGAGAUUGUGGUAGAGAGGAGUAUGCGAAAAUGAAUCUGGUAUGGUCCGGGUAUAGUUUGACUUUGUCGUUUGCUAAGACACCUGGAGGCGAGCACUGGUACUUAUCCAACGUCGAACUAACAGUCAGCAUAGACAUUCCCCAAUUCCACGGCAUCAAAACCCGCGACAAAACCCUCCGACUAUACAACAACAGCAUGGUCAUACCAACCCCAGUGGGUAAAUCAUACAUCUGCGAUCAAGAAGUCGAUGUAGACCUUAGAACCGAUCCUGUAGACCGUCCCCCGAAAGAUGUUCACGGAACUUUGCUGCUCAGAGCUUUACAAGUGCAAGCUUUCAUGUAUAGAAGCGAGAAUUUUAGUACCACUUUUGAGUGUAAAGCGCAAAGAAGUUUCAGGAGUGAAACAGCUCCAAUAGCUGUUGGUUCUACUUUAGCAGUAGCUGCCCUAGCUACUGUAACAGGUUAUGGGGUGUUUAGGUAUUUGAAAGUGAAAAACGUUCAGUACAAUACUAUGGAGUAAAUCAGCAAUAUGUUUUUUUUUUGUAAAACAAUAUUUUUGUAAACGACUGAAACAAAUAUCAGUAUCAAAUACAAUAAAUGUGUCAAGGUGUUUGCUGCUGCUUAACAGUGUAAAUAUUUUCCUCUGUCAAGGGAUACAAUUUUAACAUUUAUAAAGGCACAAUUUUCAAUAUUCUAUUUGCACACUUUUCAAUAUUUCAAAAUGUGGUUCCUAAUAUCCACAUAAAAACUCCAUUAUUGGUGCUUUGUAUUAUCUAUUCACAAUGCAAUCUCCAAAGGUAAAGGUAAAAAUUAUCACCUUCAGUGUUAUUUGAUAAGAAAAGGUGAUAAAUUUACCUUUACCUUUGAACUACAGAUUGUGCAUAGGAUAUAGGAGUUGCUAUCAUAAUUUGAUUUAGGCCGAGAAAGAAACUGGCCUUUAAAACAAUAAAUUGUAAAUAAGAAAAAUUAUAUAAUCAUUAAUAAUAGCUAAGGAAACAAAAAUUAAUUAUGAAAAUAUCCUGUUUAAAAAAUGUCAAUUUGAAAAGAAAAUUUCUUUGUCAAUGGUAAUUUUCAUAAGAAUUUUUGGCAAAUGCCAUGGUCAGUCUUCCAUAUUAAUAAUAACAAUAUAGUUAAAAUUAUUAGGAUGUAGUUUGAUGUCUUGUACAUUUAAAAAAAAAAAGUGUUUCGAUUCCAACAACAGUACAUAUCGUUUUAUUGUAAAAUUAGCCAAUAGAAAAAUUAAAAUGUUUAUGAAAAAAAAUUGUAUUGUAAUUGCAAUUAUCCCACCUAGAGGAGGAAAACAAUAAAAACUAAAACACACUAAAUUUAUAUAAUUCUGUCUUAAUACCACCAUAAUGGAUAUAAAAAAAUCUUAAACCUAUUUCUAAGCAUUUUUAGGUUCCGGUCUAAAAACACCCACAACAACAGCAUGAUCCCUCUCAUACGGUUCCAACGUAAUUUGUUCUUGAGGUUUCAAUUUAUCCGCUUGCAACUUUUUAACUUCAGAAGCAAACACGGCUUCAGGUUGAGCCGUCGAGUCUAUACAACUAGCCUUAAUAGAAAUAACAAAAUGUCCCCCAUUUUUAAGGAAAUAUUGCGAAUUCAAUGCAACUAUUCUGGCCUGGUCAGGUUGAGCAACAUCAGCAAAAACAGUAUCAACCAUUCCUAUAAGCAUUCUAUAUUUGUGAGGAUGUCUGGCAUCUUCAAUAAUGGGAAUGAUGUUUGUGCGUUUUUUGGCAACAUUUAUCAAGUCUCUGCCCGAUCUAUGAGAAAACUCUACUGCAUAAACCAACCCUUCAGGACCUACUAUGUCAGACACGUGUGAUACUGUAGUACCAGAAGCGGCACCCAAAUACAAAACUUUACUACCAGGAGGCAUGUAAAUGUGAUCAACUCCACCCAAAAUUGCAGCUGCCAAUUUGCUUCUAAAAGGAUUCCAAACUCUGUAUUCAGUUUUUUGGCCUUCGUUUUCAACCGAAAUACGUUUUUCACCGUAAACUUCUGAGCCGGGUACAAAGUUUAGGGUAACUAGCGCGUCUUCUUUGCCUCUAGCGAUGAAAACACCUUCAUGACGAUGAGGUUCGAUUACAACGGUUUUGCCGCCUUUGAAACCGCCAGCUCCGCCUCCGCGACCGCCUCCUCGUCCACCUCCACGGCCACCGCCUCUACCGCCAAAACCACCGCGACCU